AUGGUUAAAUAUGCAAUUUUCAUCAAAACCAUUGGAUUCGUUACCACUUUAUCUAAUCUACCGCUUUUAAACUCAUAUUUAUUCCAUGGAAGGAUCGUUAAAUUCAACACAUUUUCUCCUAACCCAAUUACUAACUUUGUAGAUGAAGGAAGGCCGCGAAAAUACAUUUUUGAAAAACAUUUCGAUGAAUCUUCUGAUGAUUCCACAAAUGACACACUCACUCCAGAUAAUAAUAGUACCAUAUUGGAUAAUCCUAACAGUACACUUAGUAGAAUAAUACCAGCCGAUGAGGAGAUAGUCAAAAGAUUAGCAGAGCGACACAAAGAUGAGAUUACUAGAUAUAUGCGUCCAUUGGAGUCUGGAUUGGGCAAACAAAUCCCUGAUUCUGAAAUUGAAUCGACUUUUGGGAAACCCAUGACCCCUGAAAACCUAUCUAAAAGAGAGAAUGAAUCUAUACAACAUCACCCUUACAAUAUGCCUAUUAUCCCACCAACCAAUAAAUUACCUUAUUUCGUAAAUCUUGAUUGUUACCCUUCGAAUUCUACUCAUGAUAUUAACACACAACCAAUUAACACCGCUCCCCCUACUACACCUAAGGAACCUGAACCUCUAGAAGCUGAGGAACCUGAACCUCUAGAAGCUGAGGAACCGGAACCUCCUAUACCUAGUACCACAGUUGAGGAUAAUACAGUUAACGAUGAAACUAUAGUGAAAAGUACUUUUAGUACCGGUUUGCCUUUGAAUAUGGAAUCUAAAGAUCCUCUGAGGGCUUUGAUUGACAGGAAUGAACCAUACCCUGAUUUGGGUGAGGAGUAUGGGCCCAAGUGGUAUUUGAACAAUGAUGAUAAGGUAGGGGAGUUGAGUGAGGUGGAGCUUGAGGAUGGCUGGUCUAUUCUUCCAUGCAGAAGGAUCUAUAAACACAUCUUACAACCGAGUGCACUGGUUGGUAAACACAGGGCAAGACCUGUGGAUAAGACUUGCGUUACCUUCAAGUUUACACUCAUGGAUGCUUUUACUAACAAGAAGAUUGUUGAUAACGAGGACGUAGGCGGGCCCAUGGUGACGACAUACAUGCAAGAGCUAGAACCAGCCUUUUACAAGUGCCUUAAGGGGAUGGAUACUGGUGAGCAGGCAGAGUUUGUCUUCCAUGUCUCCGAGUACAACCCUGACAACAUGAUCAUUGAUGAGCUCGAAGGGAUCACUUGGCUCAGGCUCUGGAUCAACCUCUGGGAGUCCCACGACCCUGAUGACCGCUGGUGGGGGCUUGGCCCUGAGGAUGCUCAUCUUUACCCUGAAAAAACCGAGAACGAUUUACCCAAAUUUAAGCAACUCGAAAUCGAAACUGAUAAACUCACUUCACAAAUCGAAACUGAGUUGUGUACUAAUCCCUCAUCACCGCUUUGGAAUGACAUUCUUGAUAAGAUGACUACAAGUCAGAAGGAAUCAUACGUUAAGCACUUUGACAGGCAACUGGAGAACAUUCACAAAAUGAAGCACUCGGAAUUCACGGGCUCGAGGGCCUUUGGGGAGAAGAUUAAAAGCACAGGUCAAUUAAAGGGUUAUGACCUAGGUCACCAAGUCGGUGGAGUUUCCAAAUUCUUUGCCUGGCGUGAAACCCCUUUCAUGAUGUACAUUGCCAUACCUGUUAUUCCAGGAGUACGUGCAGAACAUGUUAAUUUGGAUCUGAGUCCCAAUCACAUGGUCUUAAAAAUAGCAAAUAACACUGUAAUUGAUGAUGAUUUGAUUGGGACAGUUGACUUGGAGAUGACUGGCCUUUGGGCCAUGAGCGACUCAGCACUGAACUUUGAGCCCUUGGACCACGCCGAUGAACGCCUCAAGAACCCAACCCUCGAACUCUUAAAUGACGAUGAGUACGACAAAAUUUCAGCCAAACCUUCGAUCAUGAUAUUCCUCAAAAAAACGGGUACAUCAACAUCUAUCUGGGGAACUCCUUUCGUUAAUAUUUAA